AUGUCCAACGAAUCGAUAAAUGAAGACGAACAUUCCAACGAAUAGGAAUGCAACCAAACCAAAGAUAAAGAGAACAUUUGUUCUCCUAACGCCAUACAGCCAAACCUCUACAAAGUGAAAACGGAUAACUCAAAAUGUGCAGUAAAGUGGUCGUAAUUUUUGUGCUAGUACCGGUCAGCUUCCUUGUCAUUUUACUAGCCCUCAACACAGUAACAAGCAGACAGAGACAGUUUCAAUGGGAUAUGAACAGAAAGGACGUGACGUCACUUCCGCAACUCGACCGAGAAAGAAUUCAACAACGUGCUGAACGAUUAGCCAAAGCUCUGACCAUUCAAACCAUUUCCUGGGAGCGAGACGUAUUCGAAACCGAGGCUCUGCUUCAACUCCAUCAACAUCUGAAAAACAGUUUCCCAUUGAUACAUUCUUCACCCUCGAUUCAAGUGAACGUAAUCAAUGGCUACAGUUUGCUCUACACAAUUCACGGCAGCAACAACGAUAAAAAUGAUGGUGUCCUACCUCCUUAUAUGCUGGCAGCUCAUCUGGAUGUGGUACCGGUUGCAAAUGGCACGUGGAAAGUGGCCGAUCCCUUUGAAGGACGAAUCAUCGACGGUAUCAUUUACGGACGAGGAGCACUAGACGACAAAAGUUCUGUGAUGGGCAUCUUAGAAGCAUUAGAAUUUCUUUUGGAAAACAAAUAUAAUUUUCAUCGAACUUUCUACAUUGGCUUUGGACACGAUGAAGAAGUUUCAGGGUUUGAGGGUGCUGGCCACAUUGCCAAACAUCUCAAAGAGACCGGAGUCAGCCAUUUAGACUUUGUUUUGGACGAGGGCUAUUUUGUUCUAGAAGAUUUGGUGGAAGGAGUGGAUGACCUUGUCAGCGUGAUUGGUGUUACAGAAAAAGGAUAUGCUACAUUGGAAUUAUCUGUUGAAAUGACUCCUGGUCAUUCAAGUAUCCCCCCCAAGGAAACGGCCAUCGGUGUUUUAGCCAAGGCAGUUUUGGCACUGGAAACUAAUCCGCAUCCAUCCAUGUUCGGUCACGGUCCUGAAAUGGAUUUUUUUUCAUACAUUUCAUCCUCAGCAAAGAUUGGGCACAGCGUCUUGUUCUCCAACUUGUGGCUUUUGUCACCUCUAUUAUCAAAGCUUUUGUCACGUUCUCCCGUUACUGAUGCUAUACAAAGAACAACGACAGCCGUCACUAUUAUUCAAGGAGGAUACAAGCACAAUGUCAUUCCAGGUAGUGCCUCAGCUACAGUCAAUCAUCGAAUCCAUCCGGCAGACAGCCUUGAUCAAGUAAUCGAACACAACCGUCGGGUCAUUAAUGACCCACGUGUUCGAAUCAAAGUUAUCGACUAUUAUCCUCCGACGCCUAUUUCGCCAUAUGGUCUGGACGUUUCGGCUUUCAAUCUGAUUGCCAGUUCUGUCAAACAAAUUUACCCGUCUAGCGUCAUUGCCCCAGGUUUGAGAUCAAUGUCAGCUGAUUUGCAGACAUCUAAAGUUCACUUUUAUCUCGUUCUAGCUUGUUCACCGGCCAAUACGGACCUUCGGCGUUACGUCGAACUGUCCGAUCAUUUGUACCGAAUUACCCCAACGGUGUUGACACCUGUGACGCGGGGUGGGAUACACGGUGACGAUGAACAAAUCACGAUCGAACAUUAUCAUAAUUUCAUUCGUUUUUACGUUGCUCUAAUGCUCAACGCUGAUCAGCCUGAAGCCGGUCACUUGACCGUUCGUCACCAUCGGGAACUUUAGAGCCAAAAGCAAUACACGUAUCACGAAAAUUGA